GUUAUGAUGAUUUGCGUAAAUAAUAACGACUUUCGUAAAACCGAUAAAUGUUAGAUUUUACCAUCAGUAUCACAUUAGGGCAAAAGUGGAGAAACAAAGCGGCAUACAUCAUGAAGCUCACUUUACUUAUCCAAAUAUAUUUUACAUUGGUGAUAUUUUCCCUGAUGGAUCGGGUUUUUGGACAUCAUAGUAAAGUUCAUAUCAGGAAGUCAAAAAUUGGGGGAAAGUUGAAAUGUGGGAUUUCGACAUGUAAACCAAAUGGUGAUGACAGAAAAGCAAAGAGCAUUCUUGGUUUCAAUCGUACCUUCAUAAUCUACUCAAGAGCUAGUGGGGAUACAGGUCUCCCUUCAACUGGUUUAACACAUUCUGAAGAAUUUCAAAAGCACCAUGGCUACUUUGGUCGUGAUAGAAAUGGAAUUUUAGAGUAUGCCAACUCCUUUCUGAGGUAUGUGGAACAGAACUAUGGCAUAAACUUUCCUGUUCCAAAUGAAGAUGAUCUGAUCAAUGAGAAAACAAUUCUCAGCAAAGGUUUGAUGUGGAAAAGAUUUGUAGAUCCUUUAGGAGAAUUCCAACUUAUGUUUGAAUCGAAUGGUGAAGAUGUUGUUACAUAUGCUAACCCUCCUCCAUGUUCCGUGGGUGGCUAUAUACUUCAAUUUUUAAAUGACUACAAAUUAAGUGAUUGCCAAGGAGUGAUACCAGCUGGAAGCUCCCUUCUAUACAUUGAUGUCAUCUGUAACACAACUAAAUACUGUGGCCUUGAAGAUCAGAUCAGCUUCACACUUAUUCCUGAAAGACCAGUAAUGCAUAAUCUCGUCAACAGUAAGAUAGUAUCCAAGAAGUAUGGGGAAGGUGUAUUAAUAUACCCAAAAGGAGCGUUUGUAGAUGGAGUGGAAUUUGGUAUUCUUGUUGCAAGAUUUCCAGCUGUUUAAAAUCACAAUUUAACAUUGUAAAUAAAUUCAGAGUGAAAUAAACAAGCUUUGAUUUUUUGAUUUAAUUCAAAAACUUUUGUUCUGUAUUUUUUUGUUAAAAGGAGGUAAGAUAAUAAUGCAGUAUUUAUAGUGUGAAUACCUGUUUAUAUAUCCAACUAAUAUCACUUAUAUCACUUCAACUAGAUGUCUCACUGCUAUUUCCAUCAUUUUCCCCUCAUUUAUAUUUAUGUCCAACCUACACAUUUGGUAUCGCAAAGUAGUGUACCACGAACAGAGGUUCAUUUAAGCACA